GCCGCCGCGAGCAGGUAGCCGUCGCGGUCAGGCGGCGGCGCGCUCCAUGCUGAAAUCCUUCAGGCAUAGCAUAUCCUCGUGCAUCCGCGUCCAUCUGUACAUCGCAUUAUCUUCUUCCCCAAUUCACUCGCCUCGCCGUGUUCACAUUCACGGGCCGCUUCGUAGUGCGGCUGGGGUCUAGGGUUUAGGCUUGCAUAAAAAUCGAGGAAAAAUAUUCGCAGCCCUUGUCCGCCUCUCCGCGCCGUUCUUUUUCUGGUUCCCAACCUCGGCCUGACCCGGGCGCUCCACUGUCCCCGCCGCCGUCACCGCGACCCACCUGUCGGUACGAGAUGGAGGCGGCCGCCGCGAAGCAGAAGGCGAAGAAGCACAUACACCUCUUCUACUGCUCCGAGUGCGAGGACCUCGCCCUCAAGGUCGCCGCCGCCUCCGACGCCAUCGAGCUCCAGUCCAUCAACUGGCGGAGCUUCGACGAUGGGUUCCCGAACCUGUUCAUCAACAAGGCGCACGACAUCCGGGGGCAGCACGUGGCUUUCCUGGCGUCCUUCAGCUCGCCGGCGGUCAUCUUCGAGCAGAUCUCCGUCAUCUUCGCGCUGCCCAAGCUCUUCAUCUCCUCCUUCACGCUCGUGCUGCCCUUCUUCCCCACGGGCUCCUUCGAGCGCGUCGAGGAGGAGGGGGACGUCGCCACCGCCUUCACCCUCGCGCGCAUCCUCUCCAUGAUCCCCAAGUCCCGCGGCGGGCCCACCAGCGUCGUCAUCUACGACAUCCACGCGCUCCAGGAGAGGUUCUACUUCGGAGACGACGUCCUGCCAUGCUUCGAGACCGGGAUCCCGCUCCUGCUGCAGCGCCUCCGCCAGCUCCCCGACGCCGACAAUAUCACCAUUGCCUUCCCAGAUGACGGGGCGUGGAAGCGGUUCCACAAGCAAUUGCAACACUUCCCAAUGGUAGUCUGUGCUAAGGUUCGCGAAGGCGACAAGAGGAUAGUUCGAAUCAAGGAAGGGAAUCCCGAAGGGCGCCAUGUUGUUAUUGUUGAUGAUUUAGUGCAAUCUGGGGGAACUCUUAGAGAAUGCCAGAAAGUUCUGGCUGCUCAUGGCGCUUCAAAAGUCAGUGCCUAUGUGACUCAUGCUGUGUUCCCUAAGCAGUCAUAUGAACGCUUCAUGAUUUCUAAUUCUGCUGGGCCAGGUGACCAGUUUGCUUACUUCUGGAUCACAGACUCGUGCCCGCACACGGUAAAAGCCAUUGGUCAACAACCUCCAUUUGAGGUGCUGAGCCUUGCUGGCUCCAUUGCGGAUGCCCUUCAGAUAUGAACUUGUACUAGGAGACGGGCAUCAAUUACAGAUGCCCAUCAGAUAUGAUGAACUUGUACUAGGUGAUGGGCUGCUCCUGUUUUGCCUAAAUGUAAGAGUUCAUUUCCAGCUCCAGCAAAACAAAUAAUGUGGAGUAAGUGAGUUAUCUAAUUACUGUGGAACUUGGAGUUUCCACAAACAGCCCGAGGAUGUGAUAAUAAAAUCAGGCAUUCAGUGUUCUCUU